GGAAGAGCCCGAUUCAGACCGGAAAUGAGACAGCGCCGGUUCUUGUGCCCUGUGGUGGAUGGAGAAGGGGGAUGAUGGGCGUCCGCGUGCUGACAAGGGCGUCGCGCCUUUCCCACCUGCCGUUGUUAAGUGUAGCAAAGGGCUCCGCGCCUUGUUCCCGCUCUGUCUCCCGCCCGUGGGCGUCAGUGGGGUCUCGUUCCGCCACGGGGCCCGGAGCCCUCAGCCCCUUUGAUAGGCAACUGAAGAGAAAGCAAAAGAACUGGGCCGCAGCGCAGCCCGAGCAUAAGCGCUGCGAAUACCUGCGAGAAGAGGUUGGCAGUAGGAUAGCGGAUCGUGUGUUUGACAUAGCCAGGACUUUUCCCCUUGCUCUGGACCUUGGCUGUGGAAGAAGCUACAUAGCUCAGCAUUUCAACAAGGAUGUUGUUGAAAGGCUUUUUCAAGUAGAUGUUGCUGAAAAUGCUCUGAAAAAUACAAUAGAAUCCGAAAUACCUACAGUCAACAUUGUAGCAGAUGAAGAAUUCCUGCCUUUCAAAGAGAACGCCUUUGAUCUUGUUGUCAGUGGGUUGAGCUUGCAUUGGGUGAAUGACCUACCCAAAGCCUUGCACGAGAUACAUGAGGUGCUGAAACCAGAUGGUGUAUUUGUUGGUGCCAUGUUUGGAGGAGACACACUUUAUGAGCUUCGCUGCUCUUUACAGCUCGCAGAACUAGAAAGAGAAGGUGGAUUUUCUCCACACGUAUCUCCUUUUACUGCUGUCAAUGACUUGGGACAUCUACUGGGCAGAGCUGGCUUCAACACACUGACUGUGGAUACUGAUGAAAUCCAAGUUAACUAUCCUGGAAUGUUUGAAGUUAUGGCUGAUCUGCAAGGUAUGGGAGAAAGUAAUUGCUCCUGGAGUAGAAAACCAAUGCUACACAGGGAAACUAUGUUGGCCGCGGCAGCAGUAUACAAGGAAAUGUAUGGAAAUGAUGAUGGGACAAUACCUGCCACAUUUCAGAUUUACUACAUGAUAGGUUGGAAAUUCCAUGAAUCGCAGGCAAGACCAGCCCAGAGAGGUUCUGCAACAGUGUCACUUGGAGAUCUGAGAAAAAUAAAUGAAUUGAUUCCAGGAGGGAAAAAACUAUGACAUGUGGAGAAACAGUGGCAGAUAUAUUGGACUUGAGCAUUGUGUAUAUUGAUUCUGAGGUGGCAGUAGGUUUUUCAACCUAUUUACCUCAGUGCCUAGAAAAAUGCAGUAUACUCGUGUUCAUCACCUCACUAACUGUGUUUUAUGUAAAAUGUGAUUGUAUCGAGUUGUGGGUUUGUUUUUUUUAAGUGUAAAGCCAAAUAAAGUGAUACAAUAAUGCUUA